GCCAGGUGACCUGAGCUGCUGCGAUGACAUGAGCCAACCAAAACGGUGUCUAUGGGGCUUAAAUCUUAGUGGAUAAUUGGAUGAAGAAACACUACACCACUAUCGAGAGAUGGAGAAUCAUUCUGCAGCCAGUUUCAGACCAGAGUUGACAUGGAGAGAAGAUUCGCUGUGACUUUCCUGCUUUCGCUGCCUCUUCUGAGCGUCGACUGCGUCUCCCAUCAGAAAACUACAGUUUCCUGGUGUGUGCUGUCGGACGCCGAGGAGCAGAAGUGCCUGGAUUUAGCCGGGAAUGCCACGGCCAGGAACGUGAGGGGAUCGCUGAUGUGUGUCCGCGGCCUGAGCACCAGAGACUGCAUGGAGAAAAUCAAGAACGGCACAGCAGAUGCAGCUUCGAUGUUUGCAGAUGAUAUCUACGCUGCGGGUCUCUGCCACGGCCUGGAACUUGCAGCAGGAGAGUCUCAUAAUGGAGUAGACGGAAUCGGCUACUACGUGGUGGCAAUGGCCCGGCGCUCCUCUUCAGACCUGUCCUUGCUGGAGAUGCAUGAGCGCAGCUCCUGUCACCCCGGCGUCCGUACCACGGUGGGCUGGACGGUUCCCAUCGGCUACUUGGUUAACACAUCCCAAAUCAGCGUAGGAGAGCAGUGCAAUUUCCCCAAAGCGGUGGGGAACUUCUUUGGUUACAGCUGUGUGCCCGGCAUUAAGGAUCCUCUGCAUGAUCCCAGAGGCAACAACCCGAAGAACCUCUGUGAGGCAUGUAUAGGAGACGAGAACGACAGACACAUCUGUGCCAACAAUCACAGGGAGAGACAUUACGGAGAGGCAGGAGCCCUGAGGUGUGUUGCUGAGAACCUCGGUGAUGUUGCGUUUGUCAAACACACAACAGUCUUCGACAAUUCGGAUGGCAAGAAUCAGGAAUCCUGGGCCUUGGACUUGGAGCUGGAGGACCUCAAGCUGCUGUGUCCAGAUGGGACAGAGGCAGGUCUGGAUGAGUAUCUGCGAUGCCACCUGUCAGCCGUCCCCGCCAACGGCGUUGUGGUGCGCGUGGAGGAUAAGUGCCGCGUCUGGAAAUACCUGGAGCGUUUACAGAAUGUGUUUGGCAACGCCACCGAGGGCUUCAGCCUGUUCAGCUCGGCAGGCUACGGCCAAUCCGAUCUGCUGUUCAGUGACGCUACCCACCACCUGCAGAGAGUUCUGGGUAGUUACACCUCUUGGCUGGGCCCCAGUUACACCACCAUACUGCAGGCCUUCGAGUGUGAGGGCUUCUGCUGAUGGAAGAGGGGGAAGAUACCCAGCGCAUCAACUUCCACCCCAUCCUGCUGUCUCCAUGCUAGUGUUCUGCCUUCCCGCCCUGCCAUCUGUGUCCCUCUGCUUUAACACCAUUUAAAAAAAAUUUUUCUAUU